CUUCUUCUUCUAAUUUUGGGGAUUUUUGUAGCAACGGAUGGAUCAUCUUCGAGCGGUAAGAAGCGGGAGCGGGGGAUUAGGGAUUCCACCGCCGGAGAAAUUUGGCGGGCGGGGGCAGUUUCCUCGUGGAGUGAUCCCUCCAUCGAGGACAAUGCCGGUCGUGGAGAAUUACAGUGAGGGUUCAGAUAUGGAUGAAUCGUCGGAUACCGAGGAGGAGAUCUACAGAGGGAGGUACUCUUUGGAUUCAUCCCCUCAAGAUGAUAUUUUGAGACGGAAGAACCCAAAUGUGAACUCGAAGUUUGGAAGUAAUCAGUAUUCGAGCGACGGAUACUCGGGGUAUUCUGAAUUCAGCUCGUCGAGGGAGACAGGGAUCUCAGGGAGGCAACAGCCGCAGCAAAGGAAGCCGGGGGUUGUUAGUGGGUACACUGAGGAGGAAGAGGAGGAAACCGAUUCUGGUGGGAGUUCUGAGUUUGUAUCAAAGAUGGGGACAGGUAAUGGUGUGAAUUCACAGGGGAAUUAUUAUCGGCCGGAGAGCUAUUUGCGUAAGGUUCCACUUCAGAACGGUUUGAAAAUUGCUGCCAAGGAGGAUUGCCAUUCUGUCCCAAGUGCUCCACCUUUUCAUGCUUCUCAUGAAGAAAUUAACGAAGCUUCUGAUCAGAUAUCUACACCAAAGGAAUAUGCUUCUACACGUCCUGUAAGGCCCAAUGAUUACCCUACAAAAAGUGAAGCGAAUUCACAUCCUAUAGCAGAAAGCAGUAUACCCAACCAAGACACGAGCUCUUCUGUUAAUGCUGAGGGAGCUGCAGCUUCAGGUUCUUUGCCUGCCCGAGUACCUAUUUUUCAUGCCAGUGGACAGGGGCCUUGGUAUGCCGUUAUUGCAUAUGAUGCAUGUGUUCGUCUCUGUCUGCAUUCAUGGGCUAGAGGCUGCAUGGAAGCUCCCAUAUUUUUGGAAAAUGAAUGUGCACUUCUGAGGAAUGCAUUUGGUUUGCAGCAGAUAUUACUUCAGUCGGAGGAAGAACUUCUUGAAAAAAAGUCUUCAGAACUUGUAAGUGAAGGAGCUGCAGUUAAACCAAAGAAGGUCAUCGGGAAAAUGAAAGUUCAAGUGCGCAAAGUCAGAAUGGCUCUGGACAUGCCAUCAGGCUGCAACUACCUAUCCCUCACAACUCCAAUGGUAAAACUGGAAUCUUUCAAGUAUCGUAUGUCCAACUUACAGUCGACCCUCUCGUCUGGAUGGGAGUCACUUCGAAAGGUUCGAGUUUUGCCCCGUUUACCUGCCAAUAGCUCUUUUUCUCGGCAUAGCUUGGCAUAUAUGCAUGCCAGCACACAAUACAUCAAACAGGUAUCUGGACUUCUUAAAAUUGGUGUGACUUCCCUGCGCAACAGUUCAUAUGAAGUGGUCCAAGAAUCAUAUUCUUGUUUACUGAGGUUGAAAAGUUUAACCGAAGAGGAUGCUGUUCGAAUGCAAGCCGGAUCUAGCGAAACACAUGUCUUUUUACCGGACAGUUUAGGAGAUGAUUUAAUUAUUGAAGUGUAUGAUUCAAAAGGAAAGUUGCAUGGGCGUGUGAUUGCUCAGCUUGCAAGUAUAGCUGAGGAUCCAAGUAACAAAGUUCGUUGGUGGUCAAUCUACCGUGAACCAGAGCAUGAGCUCGUCGGACGCAUGCAGCUUUACAUUAAUUACACUACUAGCACAGAUGAGAACGGUGCCCUAAAGUGUGGCCCUGUUGCAGAAACUGUUGCAUACGAUUUGGUUCUGGAAGUUGCAAUGAAGGUGCAGCAUUUUCAACAGCGCAAAUUGUUAUUGCAUGGAUCAUGGAAGUGGUUGUUGACAGAAUUUGCCUCUUAUUAUGGAGUUUCAGAUGCUUACACAAAACUAAGAUAUCUUUCUUACAUUAUGGAUGUGGCAACCCCAACAGCUGACUGUCUCAUGUUGGUUCAUGAUUUGUUAUUGCCUGUUAUUUUGAGGAGCCGCAGUAAAAAUGCUCUAAGUCAUCAAGAGAAUCGCAUACUGGGAGAAGUUGUGGAGCAACUUGAGAUGAUUCUAGCUAUGGGCUUUGAGAAUUACAAGUCAUUGGAUGAGUCAUCACCUUCUGGAAUGGUGGAUGUUUUCAGGCCUGCAACAGGAUCUCCAGCCCCAGCAUUGGCACCUGCAGUAAAGUUGUACACUCUUCUCCAUGACGUACUGGCUCCGGAGGCACAAUUAAAGUUAUGUGGCUAUUUCCAGGCUGCUGCUAAGAAGAGGUCAAGAAGACACUUGCUUGAAACUGAUGAGUACAUAGCGGCCAGUAAUGAAGGAACCUUGACGGAUGUUGUAACCUUUUCUACUGCUUACCAGAAGAUGAAAAAUUUAUGCCUAAAUGUCAGGAAUGAAAUUUUUACAGAUAUUCAAAUCCAUGAUCAACAUGUUCUCCCCAGUUUUGUGGAUCUUCCGAAUAUCUGUGCAUCCAUUUACAGUGUAGAUCUCUGUAGUAGAUUGCGUGCGUUUCUCGUUGCAUGUCCUCCUACUGGCCCAUCACCUCAUGUAGCAGAACUUGUAAUUGCAACUGCAGAUUUUCAAAAGGAUUUAACUGCCUGGAAUAUUUCUCCCAUUAAAGGUGGUGUUGAUGCAAAAGAACUAUUCCACCUCUAUAUUACCUUAUGGAUUCAAGAUAAGCGCCUCUCUCUGCUUGAAGCUUGCAAGCUAGAUAAGGUGAAGUGGUCAGGGGUUAGAACCCAGCAUUUGACAACUCCAUUUGUGGAUGAGAUGUAUGAUCGGCUCAAGGAGACUCUCAAUGAGUAUGAGGUUAUAAUUUGUCGUUGGCCAGAGUACACCUUCAUUCUUGAAAAUGCCAUUGCAGACAUAGAGAAAGCGAUUAUUGAGGCUUUAGAGAGACAAUACGAUGAUGUAUUAGCUCCUCUAAAGGAUAGCAUGGCACCUAAGAAAUUUGGCCUCAAAUAUGUGCAGAAGCUGGCGAAGCGUAAUUCUGUCUGUCCUUAUGUUGUGCCUGAUGAGCUCGGUAUUCUUUUGAAUACAAUGAAAAGGCUGCUUGAUGUAUUGCGGCCCAAGAUAGAAGCACAAUUCAAAUCUUGGGGGUAUUAUAUGCCUGAUGGUGGAAACAAUGUUGCUGAGCACUUGGGUGAAGUUACUGUCACAUUGAGAGCCAAGUUCAGAAACUACCUGCAAGCAGUUGUGGAAAAACUUGCAGAGAAUACUCGAGCGCACAGUGCUACAAAGCUGAAGAAGAUAAUUCAAGAUUCUAAGGAUGUAGUGGUGGAGGCUGACAUACGCAACAGGAUGCAGCCCUUGAAAGAACAGCUCAUUCAGGCAAUAAAUCACCUUCAUACCAUUUUUGAAGGUCAUGUAUUUAUAGCACUAUGCCGAGGUUUUUGGGAUCGAAUGGGGCAGGAUGUACUUAAUUUCUUAGAGAAUCACAAAGAGAAUAGAUCAUGGUAUAAAGGUUCUCGAGUCACAUUAGCUGUUUUGAAUGAUACAUUUGCAUCGCAAAUGCAACAGUUGCUUGGCAACUCUGUUCAACAGCGGGAUUUGGAGCCUCCUAAUUCUUGCAAGGAAGCCCGAUCUGUGCUCUGCAAGGAUGCACCAAGUCCCAAAGAUUCGACAUUUUACUACUGACUUCGGUACAUGUGAGGAUUUUUGUCCUUGGUUUUAAAUCAAUUUUGUGAAGUCCGAAGGGUUCUGCUGGCUCUUCAAGUAAUUAUCAGUUGCCCAGAAAUGUACAUCGUGGCCAGUCAUCAGCAUAUUACAGGCCAUAAGAGCAUAAAGAAGGUCGAUCUCAUUUUAAAAGGCUAAUUUGUAUAGGUGAACAACAGAGUCUUGGGGUGGACCAAAUGGGAAGAGAAACAUGAAUGCCAGAGGGAAGAUCACACUGAUGAAAGCAGGCAACCUAACAGUGAAUAUAACCGGGUUCUGUAAAUACUUGAAGAGUAUAUCUCCACUAUUUUGUGGCGAUUGGUGCCAAAACUCACAUUUUGGUCUCUGGUUUUGUUAUCUGUAUGAAACAGUUAACUUAGUUAUGUCACUUAAAAAAGCCGAUAAUAGUUAUGAUAAUUAUAUGUAGUUAUGUUAGAAAUGUAUGUAGUCUUUAUAUUUUCUUCUGAGAAUAUUAGUGAUGUUAUUCAUUUCUUGCAAUAAAGUGGGAGAAAUUACUGCAAACAGGUUUUGAA